UUAAGGUGAAAUAAACUUUUUGACGUUGUCAAAAUUUUCAUUGUCGCAAUCAUGUAGCGUCUAUUUUAAAUUAGGUGUAUGCUUGCUGUGGAUAAGUAUAUUAUGAAGACGAUUUUGUGGACUCAGAAUGAAUUACGCGGAAGAUGUCGCAGGUAACUACAUUGUAGAGUUUAAAUCUGAAUCAGCUGAGGUGGUAAAUCGCAUUAAAAGGACCCGAGAUAUUGUAAAUAACCUGAAAGCUCGGCUAAAUUAUGAACGUGAACUACUCGCUGAGGAGAAGAGAUGGUCGUCGUUAGUGAGCACACCGGAAAUUGGAAAAAGUACGUUCAUGAAAGUGGAAAGGUUUGGAGGUCCGUCUGAACUGAUUCACGAUGUGAGGUAUUCACCCAGAAUGACUUCAGCAACCCAAACGGCUUGUAACACGUGCAGCUGUCCUGUUUAUUUAAAACCUAACGAAAGAACGUGUCGAAAAAUGUGUAGAAGGGUACAUUUGCCCCACAUGCGUCCACUUCAACAAGUCGAAGAUGCUGACAUACUGGAUGAAGAAAACGGAAAGACCUUUGAUCCGAUUAUAAAUUAUCAAGAGUAUUUAGACGAUAUAGACAGUAUGUGCAAAAAGGAGAUGAAGAACGUUAAGAAAAACAUAAAAUAUCUGUGCAAAAUUCAACGUAAUUUCAAAAAGUUGCGUCGGAGGAAAGAGAAUUUAUUAAAGGAACACCAACAGUUCGAUGAAGACGAUGGAUCAUCCUGCUACGACAAAUACAGAUACAGGCGUAAAACUGAGGAUACGGAUUCUGUAAGCAGCAGGCAGAGAUCGUACAGAAGGUCAAGAUAUUUAUUAAAGCAAAGACACGCAUCCCAGAAGACUUCAGCGCAAGAUAUGACGACGAUUCCUUUAAAAGGAGCAUACCUGGUAGUUAGCAAGAACCAUUUACAAACCACAAGCAAGGACAAUAUUGAACGAAAGCACAGAAGAAAAUGUACUGAGAAAUAUAGUAAACGCAACAGUCUGGUUAAGAAUAUUAUAGAUUCUGAAUGCGAACUUAGUGAAAUGGUCGAAAAUCUGAAGUUGGGUGUCUCUUCAUCCCAUGAAGAUAGUUUAUGACGGUAUAAUGUAACUGUGCCUGUAUAGUAUAAUGUGUAUUAAAAUGUAGGUUUUUCUGCAAACGUCCACACUUACGUAACUUGUAU